AUGCUGCAAGCAAAAUCUCAAAGCCUUAGAAAACUAAUUUUGCAAGGAAUCAAGUUUGACAAAAAUAAUCUUGCAUAUCCUGUACUGAACAUUGAGCUUUUAUCACAUUCCUUUGAAAAUCCUUUUGAAGAAGAUGAAAAUAAUUUACAAAAUCUUCAAAGACUCAAAUUAAUAGAUAAUACCAUAGAAUUAAAUAGAAUUAUACUUAAGGCAAAAGGCAAAUCACUAAAAUUUUUUAUGAUAAAUAAGAAGGAAUUGAGUAAUAAAGUAAAAGAAGAAUUUAUUUUUUUGCUUAGUCAAAAUUAUCCAAACAUAACUACUUUAUGCUAUGUGACCAAUAAUCUUAUGUUCUUUUCUACACUUGAAAAUUUUCAUAGUCUUUGUCAAUUACAAAUAGGAGGAUUUGCUUAUUAUGAUAUUCCUUAUAGUAGUCAAAAUUAUUUACAAGCUUUAAUCAAAUAUUUAUUUUGCUUUUUAAAAAUUCUUAGCUUACUUAAUAUUUAUGAUUAUAGUUACAAAAACUUGAAUUGUUUUUUUCAAGAGUUUGAUAUAGAAAGGGUGAAGUUAGAAGUUUUUAUAUUAUCUUUUAAUGUUGAGCUUAAUCUACUUUCAAAUUUAAGAAAAUUUAUUGAAAAAGCUAAAUAUUUAAAAUAUAUAGAAAUAGUGAAAUCAGAGAAUUACAAUGUAGAAAAACAAAAAGAUAGUGAAAGAGAAAUAAUUGAUCUUUGUCAUAUUAGAAGCAUUAAAUGCGUAUUAAAAUUUCAAUUAGAGACAUAUAAAGAAUAUUUUGGUACUUAUGAGACAAUUUGA